AUGCAGCUGCGGCCGCCCGACAGAUGGGGCCAGCCAGAUAUGACCAAGCUGAGCAUCAACAAAAACCUGGCCACAAGCAGACAGGCAGGGCGGCUUUUCCGGCUGAUAAUCACAGAGGCCUUGUCCCAAGACCUCACAGGAACCAUCUUGUUUUUCACAGCAGCAGUCUCUGGAGACAAUGUGACCAUCUGGGGUGCCUUGGGUCAUAGUGUCAACUUGACUAUCCCCAAGUUUCAAGUGACUGAUAAGAUUGAUGAAGUCCGAUGGGAAAAGGGGAAGAGCUGGGUCGCGCAGUUUAAGAAGAUGGAAUCGCGUGUGAAGUCAGAAGCGUUUGAGAUAUUAACAAACGGAGCCCUCCAAAUAAAACAGCUGACACUCGAUGAUGGCGGCAUCUAUAACGUAGUAGUGUAUAACACAGAUGGGCGUAGUUCGUUGGAAAAAUCAUUCGACUUGAGGAUUCAAGAGAAGGUCUCAAAGCCAAUGAUCUACUGGGACUGCGUCAAUAGAACCCUGAUAUGUAACGUCUCAAAGGGAACAGACCUUAACCUAAAGCUGGAGCGAGGAGGGAAAAUUCUCAUCAAACUCCCUGAGAAAGCCAUAAGUCACAAGUGGACCAAGUGGACCAGCCUGAACCUACCAUUCACGUGCCAGGCGGAAAACAUGAUCAGCAAGGAAUUGGUGACAGAAACCGUCAGCUGUUCAGGGAAAACUCCGUCCUUCUAUUUCACGGUGGGAGCCUGCGCAGGGGGCCUUCUCUUGGUGGCUCUCGGCGCUCUGCUUAUCUUCUGUAUCUGCAAGAGGAAGAAACAGAAUAGGAGGAGAAGAGAUGAGGAGCUGGAGAUAAAAGCCCCCAGAGUAAGCACCGUGGAAAGGGGCCCGAAGCCACAUGCCACCCCAGCGGCUGCAUCUCAGCAUCCAGCAGUUUCCCAAGCACCUCCUCCACCUGGCCAUAAUCUCCAGACACCCGGUCAUCGUCCCUUGCCUCCGAGCCAUCGCCCCCGGGAGCACCAGCAGAGGAGGAGACCUCCUCCGUCAGGCACACAGAUUCACCAACAGAAAGGCCCUCCCUUGCCCAGACCUCGAGUUCAGCCAAAACCUCCCCGUGAGGGUGGGGAAGAUGCUACACCCACCCCCUAAUUAAAAGGGCAGAAGUUGUCAUUCCCAAUAAAGAGCCGUGUGUAUUUCUCUUCUCCCAA